AUUAAAAAUUACAACUUUUUCCACGUUUUCCCUUCCGAAAUUUGCUCAAAAGUCCUCUCGAUGAUUUCCGCUACUAUCUCUAUUAAGGUCAGCAAAUCUCUACAUGUUUUCAUGUAAGGAAAAGAAAGAAAGAAUCGUUGUAUGCAUAUACGAUUGUUAUUGACCUUAUCAUUAUAGCUAUUAAGAUUAUAUUAUAAAUCUCGGUUAGAAAUAGAAGUAUAAAAAAAUUUAUAAAUUGUAAUAACUCAAGCUCACCGUUAGCAGAUAUUAUCCGUUUUGACUCAUUAUAUAUCGCUAUUAACUUCACAAUUUUAAAACACGAUUUUAUAAGACGCAUCUAUCAGGGAGAGGUUUCCAUAUCUUUUUAAGAAAUAUUUUGUUCCCCUCUACGAUUUGAUGUCAUGUAAUCAUGGUCAAUGUGACAUUAUUAUGUGUGGGGACCACAAACCGAUUCAUUUCGUUCCGCUCUUCAAUCGAGGUACCAAGUACCUCUAGAUUAUGUAUCCAUGACUGUAAUGUCAUGUAAUCAUAGUCGACCUGACAUUAUUAUGUGUGGGGACCACAAACCAAGUUAGAUAAUUAACCUAAUUCUAUUUUUGUUCGUUCCGUUUUAAGAAAGGAACAUCCAAAAAAAAUAAUUUUUUUUAAAAUUUUUUCCUUGAUUAUCGAAAUUUGGCCGUUAUAUUUGGCAAGUCCUAAAUCUAAAUUUGAAUUUUACUAUAUAUUUCAAAAAAUUAUGAAAGAAAAAAAUAAAUUAGAAUUAGGUGGGGUGAGAUAAAUCAAUCAAGAACAGGUUUUUGUUCAUAAGGAACUGAACGACAUGUCGAAUCCUCUGUUCCUCUCUGGAUUCCUUUUCUCCGUCUUCUUCGCCGCUCACCUCUUCCAAUUCUGUCAUGGAGACCUCGGCACUGCUACAUUCUACACCGCUCCUUAUCUACCCACCGCCUGUGCCGGAAAAGAUACCUCGGCGUUUCCGGCCAACAACCUGUUUGCGGCGGCCGGAGAAGGAAUAUGGGAGAAUGGAGCGGCAUGUGGAAGACAGUACCAAGUGAGGUGCUUCUCUGCCGAUGUGCCGAAGUCGUGCGUUCCAGAUCAGAUUAUUCAGGUGACCAUCGUGGAUCGUGCGAUUUCGACGGUGACGAAGCCGGCGAGAGGGGAUACGACGAUGGUGUUGUCGACGACGGCGUAUAAAUCCAUUGUUCAAAGAUCUGUGUCGCUCGUGAACAUUGAAUUUCGGGAGGUUUGAAAUGAAUGUUCAUCAAGCAGAGGAAGAUGAAGUCCGAAGUCCAUUGUGUUCAGUUUCCGCCAUUGACACACAUCUAAUUUCUUCUGUUCUUUUCGCCUCCUCAAAUCUGAAUCCCACCACAACUUACAGUCUAAUUUUCUUAUUAAUAGUAUUUUCAAAAGAAAUAUAUAUAUAUAUAUAUAUAUGAAUUCCGCACA